AUGGCACCCGCUCUUACUGCCGACUCUAAACAGAGUGCGACUGCCCGUGUUUUGGGCUCUGCGACUGCCGGUUUGACCGAGCUGCUGGUCUUCCACCCCGUCGACACUAUUUCAAAGCGUCUCAUGUCCAACCACGGCCGCGUUGCUUCGGUUGCCAAAUUUAAUCAGGUCAUUUUCAGAGAUUCUGCGUCAAAACCAAUGGGUUCGCGUCUUCUCAGUCUUUUCCCUGGCCUGGGAUAUGCCGCUGGCUACAAGGUUCUCCAGCGUGUGUACAAGUAUGGUGGUCAGCCCGUUGUUAACGACUUUUUGACCCAGAACUAUGCCUCUACUUUCACCAACCUGUUUGGCCCCAAGACCGGCAAGGCUUUGCUAUCCGCUACUGCUGGUUCGAUCGUCGGUAUCGGUGAGGUUGUUUUGCUGCCUUUGGAUGUCCUCAAGAUCAAGCGUCAGACCAAUCCCGAGUCUUUCAAGGGUCGCGGAUUUUUCAAGAUCUUGGCUGAUGAGGGCUUUGGUCUCUACCGCGGCUGGGGCUGGACUAUGGCCCGUAACGCUCCCGGCUCUUUCGCUCUGUUUGGAGGCAACUCGUUCGCCAAAGAGUACGUUCUUGGCUUGCAAGAUUACUCCAAGGCCACUUUCGUCCAGAACACUAUUGCGUCGAUUUUCGGCGCCAGUGCGUCUCUGAUUGUGUCGGCACCUCUCGACGUUAUCAAGACUCGCAUCCAGAACCGCCAUUUCGACAACCCAGAGAGCGGGUUCAAGAUUCUGCGCGAUAUGGCCCGCAACGAGGGCUUCAGCGCGUUCUUCAAGGGUCUUGUGCCCAAAUUGCUCACCACGGGCCCCAAGCUGGUCUUUAGUUUUGCCAUGGCCCAGACCCUUAUGCCUGCGUUUGAUCGUUUGCUCAAAUAA